AUGAUAAGAAAUUAUAGAAUAGGAAUAUCUAUCAAACGGUUUUACAGUGAUUCAUUAAAACAGAUAUAUGAUUAUCAAUGGCCAGUUAAAAUAUCUAAUCCAACACCUUAUGACAUUUUCAAUUUAGAAAAAAAAAAACAAUCUAUUGAUCUUGGUGAUCUUAAAAAAAAAUAUCAUGAAUAUAUUAAGAUGUAUCAUCCUGAUCAAGGGUUUGAUAUUUUAACCAAUAAAGAUAAGAUUUUAAAUGAAGAGGAGAAGAAGAAAAGAAUAUUAAUGAUAAUACGAAGUUAUAAAAUAUUAAAAACACCAAAAUUGAAACGUACUUAUGAUAUAAGUGGUAUUGGAUGGAUAAAUAAUGAAGAAGAUAUUUUAAAAGAUCAAAGAAUGUCCGAUAUACCGUAUGAAUAUUGGCAAGCAGGUACAUGGGAAGAUAUUCAAAAAACCAAAGAAUUUUCUGAAGAAAAGGAAAAUGAAAAAAAGCAUUUAGGCACAUCAAUAUUUGCAGGUUUAAUAUUUUGUGGGAUAAGUAUAAAGGUGUUGACUGUUCUAAAGGAUUUGAUAAUAGAAAAAUUCGGUAGAGAAAGGGAAAGGCUGGAAUAUCGAGAAUCUUUGGACUAA